ACAUUUUUAGCGGUCUUGCUAUUUCCACGAUGGGCUGGUGCUGGUCCUGACGUGGUAGUCAUCCCUAACACCACCUUCAGCCCGGAUCCCGUAGAGGCAAGCGUCAAAACAUACGUGCACGCCGAGCAGAUCUUGUCCAUUCUUGUUGGCCAGUGUCGCCGUCUGUGUUUUUCCGUUUUUUCCUCAAAAUCUGGCCUACCGAGUCAGGUUUGUGCAUGAUCAUAUCGGGAGUGUCAAAUGGAUACCCCACUUCACCACGGGUUUUCUGUACUUAUCUCGGUUUGGUGGCCAGCCUUGCGCCAGUCUGCGGUAUUCAUUAAGCCUCCAGCUCCUGGGAUAGCCUUGAGGUACACACAGACACAGUUUCUGUUUCUGGUCUGUCUUGCGUUUUCCCCACUCAUGAGUGGGUCUCCGCGUAGUCCGUGGUCACAACGGGAUCACCUUCCUCUCGUCCAAUCUCCCAUGACGUCACCAUGUUCGACGCAAGUUCCAGCCGUGUGAGAUUUUCGAGGUUGGGGCGGUCUUCCCUCUCUUCCAUGGCAGGAAAACCAGUAGGGCCUGCCCUGUUGAAGUGGAGUGAUUCGCAGUUUCACACCGGGGUUCAAACAGCAGCCGACCGUGGCACCGGUCAGACUGCACAAAGACGAAAGUCACCCGGCGGCAUUCAGCCAAUACCAACCGACUUAGCCGUCCGGGAUCAAUGGACAUCUGUGGACAGUGUAGGUGGAACCGUGGAUCUUGACACUGUACCAGCAAGGAAGGACACCAUCGAUGGGGAACCACUCAGCUCUGUUCUUGCAGCAGUACCGGUGGGGGAUGUUGCACCUUUCACAAGCGUCGCUGCGGGCGACCUACAAGCGGACGCCAAUGACGAUUUCUUUGUGUCCCGGCCCCGACAGCGUAUGCAUGAACUACUGGUCGAGCCAACGGCAAGUUACAGUUUUGCAGGGUUUACCUCUGGUGCAUUGCCUUCGGUGGCGUCUGUGUUGACGGCCGCAAAAGGACAUCUUACGUCUUAUCCUCGCCUCUCUGAUCGGGAGGAGUGUCUUCUGGCUCCAGGGAGUUUCAGUUUUUCUCUUCAGCAAGGCCUUGCUGCGGCUGCCCUCGCUGCUGUGACCCUAAAGUAUGUGUUCAGCAGGAGACCCAAGCGGAGCGUAACGACCUUCUGUUUCGAUUUUGCAAAGCUUGUGGUGGGUGCUGUUUUGUCCCAGCUCAUGGCCCUUCGCUUCUCCACUGUGCUGUCGCAUGUCCACUUGACCUGGAUUCAUGAAGGAGUGGAUGCCUGUGAUUGGUAUGUUGUCAGUCAGUUUGCCGAUUCCAGUCUUGGAAUUUGGCUGGUUGUCAUGAUACUACGGGUGACUGAGCAAAGAUUCGCUUAUGAAUCCGGCCACUACAGCUACAGGGUGGGCGGCAAACCAGCAUUCAGAAAUUUUCUUGGUCAGCUUUUCGUCUUCAUAUGGAUAAUCCUCGUUGGCAAGUUGCUGAUGUUCAUCGUCCUCGGCAUUUUCACGAAGCCUCUCUCAGCUGUGGCAUACGCGAUCCUCUCUGCUCUUCAUCGCGGCGACGCUGAGCACCGAUUUAUCAUUAUAAUGGUCAUAGUCCCAGUUCUGACUAAUCUCUUUCAGUACACCACAUUGGAUUCAAUCAUCAGAUUUAGAAGGGGAUCUGCCGCGAAAGAGAAAGAGGCGUUUUUCGAGCUGCAUUCCACGUGUGAUGAAGAGCGAACUGCUAUUGAUUCUGACGGUCUGUGAAGUUGUCUCUUGUUCGCCUGAUUCUCACAUGGCGACUUCGUUGGGGCGGUGUCGUGGUUUCCCCGUUUGCUGUCACAUCAUUCUUGUGGGAUACAAUUCUGACACAGCUGCUUGAGGCUAGAAGCUGUUUGUUCCACGAGAUUGUUUUCCCCGAGUUUAGCAUAGAAAUGCGACAGUAAUUGUGCAUGUCUCACGAGCGAAGAAUGGCAAUUUCUUUUGUGGGGAUCUUGGGUAUUCCAAGGAGCAAAAUGAAGAGUUUAUCCGGGAACAACGGAUAUUCUUGUUAGCCAAGAGUGUUUGUGAGAUCCGCCUGCUUUACACAGGGUGCGUGACAGGUUUUGAGCUUCUUACGUAUAGCGGCAUGUUCGAAGAUCUAAGUGUGGGGCAUUUGCGGAAAUCAGAAGAAUGGAGGUAUCGGCACAGUUAACGGUUCAUUGUCAAUUGGAUUUCUACAGUCAAGUUCUCAAAAUAAGGAACUUUGAGUUUCGUAAUUGAAUGUAACAGUUAUAGGAUGAAAUACGCCGUAGCUGUGCAAGUGUUUCUCAUUGCUGCAGAGGCCGGGUGGAUGUUAUACAGGAAUAUGUCUGUGCUCCUAGACAGGCUACGAUUACUUGUGGGACUCUGCAGAUAAGCAGUGCAACCUCACUUCUCUCUAUGGUUAUUUUUUGAAUGGCUCGGAGUAGCCGGUCGUUGUCUUUCGCCCGGUUCCUUACCAAGACGCGGGGCUUCCUAAAUCGCUGAGGCGGAUUAGCUUUGGGCGUGUUGCCGAUCAAACGUUGUUGCCUUCUCCACGAGACUGAUGUGAUUCCAGAAGCGUCUGGAAGCUGAAAUGUGGAACGAUGAAUUUACGGCUUUCGUCUGAGGCUUUCAAAAGCGCUUACUGAGUUUUCAGGCACCGAGACUGGUCUCGAAAGUUGUUCUAGCUUGUUUUCGAACGCUGUGGAUAAUAAACGAGAUCUUUAAGCACUGUC